AUGCCUUCACAGACACAGAGACACCUUAGUGCUGAGGAGUUGGAGAAUCCUCUCCUUUUCAGCGUCAAUGAUAACCCCUGUGCAGUGUUGGUCAGUCCACCAUUGGCAGGGAGCACAAACUAUAGAACCUGGAGCAUAUUUAUGCGAAUAGCUCUCGAAGUGAAGAACAAAUGGAGCCUCAAUGGGAGCAUCACGCCGCUGAGCAGAGAUCAAUUUCAAUAUGCGGCCUGGAGACGUUGUAAUUUGGUGAUAUGUUCCUGGCUGUUCGAAUCUGUUCAUCACUCCUUAGCACAUAGUGUUAUGCACUUUGACAAGGCUAAAGACGGAACGAUGAGCAUGAAUGACUACUACACCAAAUGCAGGACACUCUGGGAGGAAAUGAACACCUUGAGACCAAUUCCUCUCUGCAAAUGUGAUCCAAGAUGCUCAUGCGAUUUUGUCGAUCAAAUCCGAACAGAACGAGACAUUGAUAAGGUGAUUAGGUUCUUACAAGGUCUCAAUGAUGAUUACAAUGGUUUGAAGUCCAUUGUGCUUGUCUUAAAUCCAUUGCCUGAGCUCUACAAAGUAUUCGUUAUGGAUGAAAAAUUGGAAAGACAAAUUACUUUGAACAAUCUGAAUCUAGACAUUCUAGAUGUUAGCAAUGCUAAUGCUAUACAAGUUGAGCAAGGUCAUGCAUCUGAUGAGCUAGUUGCUGCUUCUUUAAACUCUAACAAUGGUAGACGAAGUGGUAAUACGAAAGCUAAAUGCACAUUUUGUGGAAUGACGGGGCAUACUGUAGACAAAUGCUACAUGAAACACGGUUAUCCCCGGGAUGGGUUACCGGGGUACAAGUCAAAAGGCGAGCAACAACAAACCACUGUAGCAGUGAUGAACAUGGGGGAUCAGAGAAUAACUUCAGAACAAUUGCAGAAGAUCAUCUCCAUUCUGCAACCCCAGGCCAGCCAAACUUCGGGCCAAGCACCAGUGUUGUAG